AUGAUUGUACAUAGCUGUAGCUGUGCAGUGUCUUUGGUCUGGCGUGGGUCAUGCUGCUUGACAAGGCCACGAAGGCAGCUCUCCACUUGACCCCAGUUUCAUCUUCGCUUCUUCUCGUUGUCGAAAUUGGCUCGUUAUUAGCCUUUUGUUGGAAAGUGGCUUCUUGCAAUUUCAGGCACUCAGACUCGAUGGGGCACCACGAGAGGGCUCAAACACCGCUGAGCGCCUGCUACGCUGCUACUGAUCCAUGCAUGGUGCGCUGCGUUCAAUGAUGUCCAGAGAGUUGUGGUUCAGGUGUUCCUGGCGCUGGAGACGAAGGGAGCGGCAAGACGAACGGACGGAGGGUGGAGAAGAGACGUCUUCGAGACGACUACUAGACCGGCGGAGGUGAACCUCACAUCCGUAGUAUUUACACUGCCCUGGCGUGUCCGGCAAACGGAACAUUUCUGGAUAAAAGCGGAACUUUCUGAGUGGGCUUUCCUUAGUUCGGACGAAUGCCGUCCUGAAACUUUCAUACUCGCAGGGAGUCUGAGGUGUCCUGCCGUGCCAGAAGAAAGGAAAGGACCUAUCUCGUAUGCUCGUUGCUAUGGCAGGAGGCUUGACUGCGUGUCGUUUGCUAGCACUGCCGUUGGUGUUAUUUCUGGUGACAAUGACGACGAUGCCCGUAACACUGGGUCAUCAUGGUGAUGUCGUCCCGUGUCCUGAACGGUGCGUGUGUAGCAGGCGACCUGUACUGGGAGCGUCCACUAACUUGCACCAUGACAUCCUCACUGACUGCUCCUUCCAGGAGUUGAACAGAGUUCCGGAGAGCAUUUGGCACGAGACAACAAUACUAAACCUAAGAUUCAACCACCUGACUUCUCUCAACGCCACAUCAUUCAACUCCGCUGAGCUACCAGAACUUCAUGAACUGAUAUUGACAGGCAACGAGCUGACAAAUUUGGAGAGACAGCAUGAGAUUCUGUGUUCAUGGUCGACUAUCCUGAGAGUGACGCUAGAUUACAACCGUGUACAGGUCUUGCCAGACUCUUUCAUGAAGUCUUCGUCCAAUAUGAGGUCGCUAUCAUGUGUGGGCUGUGGCCUCAGCCAAUUUCCCACGGUGGCCCUCAACUCCUUGAAGUACCUUCAGGAACUGCAUUUGUCUGGGAAUGAUAUAGGAGUCGUUGAUGCCGAUGACCUCAAGGCCCACCCCUAUCUCAGGAAGCUUAUCAUGAACAAUUGCAGCAUGGAAGAAUUUCCAAGGGAAGCAUUGGCAACCGUGCCAGAGUUACGUGAGCUUUCAUUUUCUCACAAUGAAAUCUCGGAACUUCAGAGUGGUGAUUUCAAUAGCUUACCAUCACUAACUUAUCUUGAUUUGGCUUAUAACAACCUGACGUCCUUGCCGGCAUUGGUGUUUGCCAGUCUCACCAACCUGCAAUACUUGUCACUUGAUAACAACCCAAUACAGUAUUUUGAGUCAAUGAGCAACUUUCUAGUGUUUGACAACAUGGUGCACCUUCAAGUUUUGUCACUGAGAAGACUGCAGCUGAUCAAGGACCGGAUGCUUGUCGACAACUAUAAUCUGUUUUGGAAACUAAAGGAGUUGUCAGAGCUACAUCUGGACGGCAACGUCGAGAGAAGGCCAAACUUUGCUGGACUCUUGUUCUUCACGGGAAAUGCCAUCAAAGAGUUGUACUGGGGUGGACAUACGUUCAAGAGUCUUGGCUACGUUGGCAAGCCAUGCGCACUGGAAAAACUGAGAAUGCCAACUGGUACACUGGAGACUAUGCACUGGGAAAUUGGUGGGAUUUGCGGCCGGUGCAAUCGCUUGACUGAAAUAGAUAUGGCCAAUAACAAGUUGACUGACAUCGACCCGCUUCAAAACUGCACACAACUAACACAGCUAUACCUGAAGCAGAACCAGCUGACAACUGCCAUUGUGGAAAAGACAAUUUCUUUCCAUACUGCCCUUGUUGACGUGGUCCUGAGCCACAAUCACAUUGAGCGGCUGAAAGAGUUUACCUUGGGCAACAUGUCACGCCUGGAGCACUUAGAUCUCUCGUACAACCCGCUGGUGGACAUCCAUCCCAGGGCAUUCAUGGGUACGCCGAUGCUGCACAGACUGAUAUUGAAUGGAACUCAGUUUCCCAAGUUUCCGGAGCUCGGCCUGCCGCGACUUUUCCAGCUGGACAUUGCUGAAGGUGUUACAAACCUGCAUGUAUUUCCACCAUCCAGAAACUAUCCAUCCCUCAGAUUUCUCAAGACGGAGUAUCAUUUUCACUGUUGCCGCUGGGAGCACUGGGAUACGUGUGAUACCGAAGAGGAGGGCUCCGUUGGAUCACCAGAUCCUAACAACUACAGGAACGCUAAUCUUACACAUCUUCCAAUUCCGUUCGGUGGUUCUUUUGAGGAUAUGCCACCAGAAGGAUUCUUCACCGAACGUACUGAUGAGCAGCAGAGACAGUUCAACGCUACCUGGUCGCGUGCUACGGAAGCCAUACUUCCCAUCCAGGCGUACACGGGCCGUGUGUGCUGUAUGCCGCACCCGAACGGCCUGACGCCCUGCUUCGAUCUCCUCGGCGAGUCCUGGCUACGUGUGCUGGUGUGGAUCGUCAUCGCCAUGGCAAUAGUCGGCAACGGCACCGUGCUGGUGGUGGUUGGUGUGUCCAAGCAGAGGAUCAUGCAGACCAAGCCGCUGGUCAUGAGCCUGGCGUUUGGCGACUUGACCAUGGGCAUCUACAUGCUUGUCCUGGGUAUUGUGGAUUUGAUGACCAAGGGCGAGUUCUCUCAGUACGCCGUCAACUGGAAGGAGGGUGCAGCGUGCAAGUCGAUUGGCUUCCUUGCAGUCUUCAGCUCACUAGUUUCUGUUUUCAGUCUAACAGUAAUCACACUGGAUCGAUAUAUCACCAUUAUCCAUGCUAUGAAGGUGACGCCGCUCAACUCUCGGCGCCUGAAACGCAUCCUGCUGGUCGGCUGGCUGGUAAUGUUUCUGGUGGCGCUGCUGCCCAUCUUCGGUGUCAACAAUUACUCGGCGUACGUCGUGUGCCUGCCACUUGCUAGCCGAACUGCCGCUGACAUUUUCUACGUGGUGCUGGUGCUUGGAAUCACGGCCAUCUCAUUCCUCCUCAUAAUUGUCUGCUACAUUCACAUCUAUGUGACGAUUCGCAGGUCGCCAGCGCCGAUCAAGCCCGAUUAUCAGACGGCGCUCAAAAUGGCGGUGUUGAUCUUCAUUGACCUGUGCUGCUGGUCGCCGAUCUGGGUGCUCAGCUUUCACGCGCUUGCCACGCAUAAACCCUAUAUCACACUUCAGCAGGCAAAGUACAUUAUUGUCCUGGUGUUUCCGCUCAACAGCUGCGCAAAUCCAUUCCUGUAUGCUAUACUGACGAGAAACUUCCAGCGAGACCUGGUGAAGAUGAUCACAAGUGUAUCACUGCGUCGCCGGAGUAGCUUCAUGCCUCAAGCAUCGGGUGGGCAGUCAGGAGAGACCAUGAAAAACCUGCGGGACGUCAUGGCACAGCUGCAAAGAGAAGGUCGCAGGAAUGCGAGGAAAACCCUGGGCUCCCAGUCCAGCAACACGAGCAACAAGGCAUCGUAUACGUCAAACCAUCCUGUACCGGCCGCAUCCCCGACAAGACUGGAGCGCAUGCCGUCGCAGCUGAACAGCUCCAGCAGUGGGACGGAUCCCGGACCCAUCGCACAGACCAUAGAUGCGCAGGACGCCAACAUGGCCAGCCUGUUUGAACAGACUACCAGUGGCAAUGCGCAUGCUGAAACACAGCUGACUUCAGGUACAGAUCAACCUACAACAACGCCAGCACACAAGUCGGGGCACAACGUGGCAUCACUGCACAGUGCCAGCAGCAGCGAAGACACAAGACCUGCAUCCGCACCCGGCGACAUCACAACUGGAAGGAAUGUGUCUAAGCAGCAAGCAGCAAACAAAUGCAGGACUGUCCGCGUCAAUAGGUCCUUUCUCUCUCCCUUCACGCAUUGUGAUGACUGCUCUAUUUCAAGAGGAAUGAGAGUUAAAGAAGACGAAUACCUAGCCUGGAAACAGGCCAGAAAAGACAGGCAAGAGCGGAGAAAACUUCAAAAGAUAGAGGAGAAGAGGACACUACGUGAGCAGCCCAGGUCAUACCCUCUGCAAGAUCUAUCGGCGCCGCGGCGGAAUACAAGUGCAACUGCAGCUGCCGCCACGGCUGCGCUCAGUGGCCUGGUGCCAAUGUUCAUAGCGCAAUGUCCGGACACGCAUGGACAGCUGACUACGCAAAGUCAGCCAGUGCAGUCGCACUGUACAAAGAGAGAUAUUGACGGUGAUCACUGCAGUAUUCUCGGCGAUGAGGAGAAUAUCGAUGGAGACCUUGGCGCGCAUAGAACGGUACAUGCUAUCCAGCCGCGGCUAGACAGACAGCUUCGGAAUAUAUACGUUACAUCGCUCUAGCAUAUUGACACUGGUUGCAUUCCUAAAGAACACAAACUGAAUCAUAUUUACAAUUGUUUGUCCUGUUAUGAAAAUUACUCCCUUUGACAAAGAGAAUUAUUAUUUUAGUUGAGACCUACUGGACUUGAUGCCAAAACUAACGUAUUUCCCGUAUCCUACUCAUUGAGAUCUUGCAGAGUUGAUCACGAGUGAGCACAUCCGCUGACGUUUCUUAUGUACUAUUCAGCUCUAUUGUCAUGAACACAUUAUACCACAAAUCUGUUGCUCCAGUGUAAGUGACAGCCGUAGCAAAUGGUGCACAGGUCUGCAUGACUGUGGUGAACUAUCUGCCAUGCUAAAAACUUAGCAUGUGACUCAUUUAAACUGAA